CUCGGCGCGGGCGGGUCCGUGGCAAUGGUGUACGGCCUGUUCGUGAGCGCGAUCGGCACGCUGGCGACGGGUAUCUCGAUGGCCGAGAUUUGCCAUGUCCUCCCGAUGGCCGGCGGACAGUACGACUGGGCGUACAUCCUCGCCCCGCACAAGCUCAAGAACUCGCUCUCCUUCUUCACGGGCUGGAUGGCGUGCGCGGGGUGGGUGACGCUCCUGCCGGCGGGUUGUGCGUUCUGCACAAACUUUGUUCUUGGCCUCGUAUCCUUCUGGCACGAGACGUUCGCCACGGCGCCAUGGCAGACCUUCAUCGUCAUGUCAGCCUUCGGGUGCCUCACGUUCCUCCUCAACGCGUUCGGCAUCCGCAUCCUCCCCGCGCUCGACCGGUUCGCGGGCGCGUGGAGCAUGGUCGGGAUCGUCGUCGUGUGCGUUACGCUGCUGGCGACGAGUAGGGGGGAGUACCAACCUGCGAAGGCCGUCUUUGCAGAGUUUACGAAUGAGACAGGGUGGCCAAACGGCUUCGCCUUCAUCCUCGGCCUCCUCCAGUCCACGCUCGGCCUGACGGCCUUCGACGCAGCAAGCCACAUGGUCGAGGAGAUGCCCGCGCCCGCGGUGAACGCGCCGAAGGUCAUGGUGCUGGCUAUUGGGCUCGGGGCAGUCACAGGCUGGAUCUUCACCAUCGUGCUGCUCUUCUGCCUGCGCGACUUUGCAGCCGUGCUUACGAGCCCUGCGGGCCCGCUGCUGGAGAUUUAUUACCAGGCUACGGGGCACAUGGCUGGGGCCACCUGCCUCCUCAUGUUCAACCUCCUCGCCAUGUUCCUCUCAAUCCAGGCCGUCAACACCGUCUCCUCGCGCAUGGUCAUGAGCUUUGCGCGCGACCGCGGCCUGGGCCACCUGUCGCGUUUCCUCGCCCCCGUGCACGCAACGCUGCGCGUGCCGCUGUGGUCGAUCAUGUUCGUCACGGUGUGGGUGGUGGUCAUCAGCUUGAUCUACCUCGGCUCUACCGUCGCGCUCAACGGCAUCAUCGCGUCCGCCGUCGUCUUCCUGCAGGCGUCCUACGCCGUCCCCGUGCUCCUCAUCUUCGUACGCGGGGAUAACGCGUUCGCGGGGCACUCGCGCACCUGGUCGCUGGGGCGUGCAAGGCGCCCAAUCAACGCCAUCUCGCUCGCCUUCCUCGCCCUCACGUCCGUGUGCUUCCUCUUCCCGCCCGCCCGCCCGGUGUCCGGCUCGACGAUGAACUACGCCGUGGUCGUGUUCGGCGUCGUGCUCGUCAUGAGCGGCGCUACGUGGCUCAUUGACGGGCGCAAGAACUUCCACGGGCCGGGCGACCUCGAGGACCGGCUCGCGGCGGCCAAGGAGGCGUGA